ACGGCACUGAUAAGGAUAUUUUGUUCGGUGAAAGUUUUAUUUGAUCUUUAGAAAGUUAUUUCACCCAUUCAUUUCAUAUGAAACCGUACCGUCUCUUGCGCAAGAUGUCAGCUCAUCUGUUUUUCAAUUUCUGAUUGUUACAUACAUUGUCAAACUUUUUUUCCUUAGCAUUCACUUAAAAUUGUAGCUUUUUAGUGUGAACGUUCAGUGGGUUGCAAAGUUCUUUUGAAAUAAUCAUGAAUCUACUGCAGUUUUUUUACAAACUUAAGUAUCAAAUAAUGUACUAUAUUCUUGGAAGCAAGGCUUUAAUUGAUGACUGGCUGCAUCGGAGAUCCAAUCGCGUUGAUUUAUAUCAAAAGAGUGGUGAAGUAGCAGUAAUUACAGGAGGUGCUCGCGGCAUUGGCGUUGAAAUUGUCAAAAAAUUACUACUGUGUGACAUGCAUGUCAUUAUUGGAUGCCGAAAUCCAGAAAAAGGAGAGCAGGCUGUUCAGAAGAUCAGAAGUUUUGGUGUGCUGACUGGUACCACCAGUAUUUAUCCUUUAAAUUUGAAGUCUCUUACAUCUGUAAAACAGUUUGCAGAAAGUGUACUAGAAAACCAUGCUCAAAUCCACAUCUUAAUCAAUAAUGCUGGCAUAAUGUUUGUGCCUUUUGAAGAGACAGAAAGCGGUUUUGAAAGUCAUUUCAUGGUCAACUAUUUGGGACAUUUCCUUCUAACGCAGCUCCUACUACCAAUUUUGGAAUCUGGAUCUCCAAGAAUAAAUCGGCGCAUUGUGAAUGUCACAUCCUGCGCUUAUAAUUUAUCGCCGCCUCUUGAUUUCAGUGAUAUCAACAUGAAGGAACAGUACAUUCCUCAUGCUGCAUAUGCUCGAUCCAAGCUUGCUCAAGUGAUGUCUACCAUCAGCUUAGAAGCAAAAAUGCGAGAAAGAAACUCCCCGGUUCAAGUGAUGGCUGUUCAUCCUGGUAUAGUUGACACAGAUUUAUUUGACGGAACUCUUCUCAAAGUUGCAACUCCCUGGAUAUUGUCAAAACUAUCAAAGACACCAGAACAAGGAGCAACUGGGAUUGUCUAUGCUGCAAUAGCUAGCUCAUCAGAGGGAGUAGGGGGAAAGUAUUACUCUAAUUGCACCAUCCAACCUUUCGAUCCUAUUGCGUGUGACGUUCAAGCUCAAGAUAAACUGUACCAAUUCUCCAUGGAUAGCAUCAAAUCCUUUCUACCACAAUUACGUAAACCGUCAACUCGUCAAGCUUGAUGGAACUAUACUUGAUGAUCCUUGAAUGAGGUGCCUUUUCAUCCGCCCAAGAAAUUUUGCCCAGAAGUUGACUGCAGAAUCAACCAUACCUCUUGGCUAUGGAUCAGGAAUGGAAAGUAUUUCGUAGUUUUUUUAUUAUUUGGAAUUAUAGAGUAAUUCCAAAACUUGCGAUACCAUUUGAAUUGCGUACUGUUAGAAUAAGCAGAAUCCAAAAACCUCAAUUGGAGGUAAGUGACAAGUAAUUUUUUAACAAAGUUUUUGCUUUUCAAGAAAAGGUUGUGUCGUAAUCAAAAAGUUUUUUCUGUAGCAGGCUCAAGUUUCAAUUAAUUAAAGCAUUCAAAAUUUAGUGAUGAUAUUUUUAGAAGUCGUAACUUAAUUCUAUAGUUAACGGCCAAAUAACGGCAUACUGAGUUCCAAAGAUUGCCAACCCAAUUUCAAGCAUGUUGUGCAAUUUUCCUUUGAUGUUUAAAAUUGUUGAAAAUAUGUUCAUGAUUCUUUUGCUCUCAACUGCAGAAUCACUUAGUUCUAGAAACGCAGAGAGAGCUCUGUACCUCUCUCUCCUCUCAGUUUUGUAAUGGAACUCACUCAAGUUCAUUUUUUGUUUUGCUACUUGUAAUUUUUGGUGUUUGUGACUUCGAUUUUUGAUCAGAAAAUUGUUGAGCCAACACCAUUUUACCGUCCUGUCCUGUGUAUUCUAAAAUAAUCUUCGUAUUUUCUUUUGCCCUGUACAAAUUAACAUUGAUAUUCUACAUUUUUCCAGCCUUCAAAAUUGAUUCUUUUGGUCUUAGUGUCCUGAUUUUUAGGACAUUUUUUUAUGGUUUAGCAGUGUUAACUUGGGAAGUCAGAAUGGGCCCUUGCACGUCUGUGGCCUGUCUCACACUGCUUUAAGGUUUUUAAGAACAAAAUUAUCAAUUCAACAUGCUUGACUACGAUGAAGUAAAAAUUGGAGACCUUUGUGACCGCAGUCUUCUUAUAAUAGUGGAAAACCAUCUCCCAUUUUUAGGCUAAGAAUGAAUUUUCCUUUUCCUAAACACUUUAAAAAUGUCGAUCCAUAGAAGAAGGGACCUUAGUUCAUAGGAACAAAUUUCUCAGUAGAGCCGUUUUUAAUGAGUUGGUUCCAAAAAUUGUACGCAGAGAUUUUGAUGGAAGACUCACCCUGGUGUCUCAAACAAUAAUUGCAAGUUGUCUUCUUCAUUUUCGUUCCCAUUGACUCAUUAAGGGCAAAAGCAUCUAACAAUUUUGGACCCUGGCCAUGGCAGAUUAAAAUAUUAAUGAGCUUUUUUUUAGAUCUACAUUCUUUACCCUCCAGUUUUGAUCAUCAAACUGCUGUAACUCCAGAUCUGUUUGACAUUUCUGGUAUUAUUCUGUUCCAUGAUAUUUACAGACAACCUCUCUGCUGUGGCAUGAACAAUUCAAUUUCGGGUCUUAGUGGACUGAAGACAUAAGUAUUCCUUUUCUUGUGAACGGCCACUAAUAUUCUUUCUAACUUAAAAUACUCCA